GUACUAUAAGCUGCUCUGUGCUGAAGUUUGCAGUCAGUAGUUCUGAGUUCUGAAGUGUGAACACCAAGCCUCUAUCAACACCAUGGCAACCGAGCUUCCUGUCAAACUGCGUGUUUUCUCCCUGAACUGCUGGGGACUCCGGUUCUUCAGUCGUCACUGUUCUGAGCGUUAUGAGAUGAUCGCCGAUCUUCUGCAGAGAGAAAAUCAUGACAUCGCUUUACUGCAGGAAGUUUGGAGUGAGAGAGAUUUUCUCUUCCUGAAGGGGAAGCUGAGCAAGUCUCACCCUAACACAUACUACUUCAGGAGUGGGAUGGUGGGAAGUGGACUUGCUGUAUUCUCUAAACACACAAUCCAGGAUGCUCUGCUCCAUCAGUACUCUCUCAAUGGACAACCAUACAUGGUGCGUCAUGGUGACUGGUUCGGAGGGAAAGCAGUGGGAUUGGUGGUUCUGAAUGUGACUGGCCUGAGGGUGAAUGUUUAUGUCACACAUUUACAUGCAGAAUAUUCUAGAGCUGAAGAUGAAUAUCUGGCUCACAGGAUUCUGCAAUCAUGGGAGCUGCUGCAGUUUAUCCGUCACACGUGGAGCGAGGCGGAUGUGCUGGUGUUGGGUGGGGAUUUGAACAUGCACCCAGAGGAUUUGGGGAAUCGACUCCUCCGAGCUUACACAACACUCAGAGACUGUUAUAUACACGCACACAUGUUCCAUGGCUGUGAAGAUGGACACACUCUAAUAGCAGAUAAUCAAUUCAUCAAAAAGGAAGAUCUCAUUCCUUUUGAGAAAGGUAUCAGGAUUGACUACAUACUCAUCAAGGGGUCUGGCAGUGUGAACAUUAAGUGUGUUUCCAUGUGCACCACUAAAGGCUUAAUGCCAGAAAAACCAUUCCCUUAUUCUGACCACGAGUCUCUCAGUGUUGAACUCAACCUGCAGUAUUUGGAUAGAAGCACAACUGAAACAGCAGCAACACUAAGUGAGCAGGUUGAUGUAACAGAUGAAGCCUGUGAAGUUAUGAAAAAAGGUAUAAUUCAUGGUGAAGCCCUGCAGCUGAAGGCCAUUCAACUGCUAAUGGCUGGUCUGUUAUUCAUCGCUCUUCUUCCCGUCUUCCUGUGCGCUGGAAUCUUCUUAUUUUCCACUGUGGCAUUUCUGGGAGCGAUGUGUGUUGGUGUUAUGGUGUCUGGGGCACUCCUCUACAUCCUAUUUUCCAUACAAAUCAAAGCUCUGAGAGAAACGGAAGCUCAGAUGAAGCUGAACUCAGUUUAUCUUUCACAGGUUAAAAAUUCUGCAUCUUUAUUAGAUGAGCGCACUGAACUUCAGUCUCCCAGCAACUCAAAAAAAGAUGAAUAAGAUGGUUGAUUUUGCAGACAUGAUAUAUUGUGUAUCAUAAUGUAAUCAGGAAAAUGAUAUGAUGUAGCAUGUAAAUUAUUGUAAUGUAGAAUGUGAGUGUAAAACAGUUUACACUACUCUUCCAUGAAACUUCACAAUGUUAUCUACACUGAUUUACAGCUCUGUCAACCAUUGCAAUUUUAAACAAAGUGU